ACAGACGCACCAAGAAAACAUCAAAGCUCAACAGCCAGCUAGCAAAGUAAGCCAGUUGGAAUCGCUGGCUGCCUACAUCUGUUCUUCGCGUGAAGACAAUUGACAUUUUUGGAUAGAAAGAUAGAAAAUAAUUUAACAAUGAAGUUUCAGUACAAAGAAGAGCAUCCAUUUGAGAAGAGACGGUCAGAGGGGGAGAAAAUCAGGAAGAAGUAUCCUGACAGGGUUCCUGUCAUUGUGGAAAAGGCUCCAAAGGCCAGGAUAGGAGAUUUGGACAAGAAGAAGUACCUUGUACCCUCUGACCUCACAGUGGGCCAGUUCUACUUCCUCAUCCGGAAAAGAAUUCACCUGAGAGCUGAGGAUGCUCUUUUCUUCUUCGUAAACAACGUCAUUCCCCCCACCUCAGCAACCAUGGGCCUGCUGUAUCAGGAGCACCACGAGGAGGACUUCUUCCUCUACAUUGCUUACAGCGAUGAAAGCGUCUACGGAGAAAGCCAAAGGGAAAUUUAACACCCCCCUCCCCCACCCCAAUCUCCUUCUUUGUCCUCUUCCUCCAUCUCUCACUCCUUCCCUCACCCUUUUCCUGUCCUCAAGGUCAAAUUAUAUUAUAAACCCAGAUCGGCAGCCUAGAGUUCCUUGAGCAAAAGACACCUGGUGCACUUUUGUGGUCCUCCCGAUGCUCUCAUCUCUCUGUACUUCUCUCACGCUCCUUUUCAGUUCACUCUGCUUUUAGUCUGAGUGUUAUCCCUCCACACCACUGGCCAGUGUGAGUUAUAAUUAUGAACAAUCUGGAGGGUGAAAUACCAUGGAGAGCUGCGCUGACUCCGUGUAAGUCACUCAGUAUGUUCAUGUGGAUAAUGCUGUAUGAGCAAUAUGUGAAAGACGUCAAACAAAAAUAUGGAAGAAAAUUAGUUGGGGAAACACAAAUUUAGGGUUGUGUACUUUGCACUAGUUUCAUUGUCAACAACUUUUAACAGGCAUGUAGAGUUGUUUGACUAAGGUUAUCUGAUGACAAUUUAAAUUCAAUUGAUUUAGCUCCCCACUAGACAAGCUUUUCAUGGCGUUACAAUUUCUUCCCCUUGGGUAGACGUGGAAGGAGGGUAAAAUUCAGACUAAGCAGUCAUUGAUCUUCUGUUUCUGCUCUGCAAUGUUAUCAUGAUUUAAUAUAAUUGUUAAAUAUUGUAUCUUAGUGGAUAUUUUAGCUGAAGAGUUUUGGUAAACUACAUGGCUAGAUUGAUUUAUGCUUUUCAUUUUUUUAAAUUGGUUUGAUUUUUAAUUUAGGUUUUUGUGUUUUUUAUUUUAUUUUAUUUGAACUCGGUAUACAGCUGCGUUACUGGUACCUUCCAUUCAUUACAAUAUAAACUAGACACAAAAAAAAUACCCUGCAUGCUGUCUCUUUCUUAAACGUAUACUGGACCAAAAUAAACAGUGAAUAUCAGUAAAAAA